AUGUUAAGAUCAGUAACGAUAAAAAAUACUUUAAGGUGUAUAAAGCCUCAACACGCUCUCAACACAUCAUUUAAAUUCUAUUCAUCCACUUCAAUCAAAAAAUUUGAAAAUAUACCAGAUGCAAAUGAUGACUCACAUACAGGACAGUUUGUUAAUACAGUUUCUGAACCAUAUACGGUAACAACAUAUGCACGUCCUAAGCUAGUUUUAACUCAUGGUAAAGGUUCAUACAUAUAUGAUUUAGAGGAUCGUAAAUAUAUCGAUUUCACAGCAGGUAUAGCGGUAACAUGUCUAGGACAUUCAAAUGAAGCCAUAACUGAAAUAUUACAAGAUCAAUCCACCAAGCUAUUACAUUGUUCAAACUUAUAUUAUAAUUUACCAGCUGGAGAAUUAGCAAAUAAAUUAGUCAACAAAACAAAAGAAUUUGAUGGAUUACAUGAUGCAUCAAGAGUGUUUUUAUGUAAUUCAGGAACUGAAGCAAAUGAAGCAGCUAUGAAAUUUGCAAGAAAAUAUGGUAAAUCUCAUGGUGGUGAUUCUAAAACUGAAUUUAUAACUUUUGAAAAUUCAUUUCAUGGUAGAUCAAUGGGUGCUUUGUCAAUAACUCCAAAUCCAAAAUAUCAAGCACCUUUUGCUCCUUUAAUCCCAGGUGUUAAUAUUGCAAAACCAAAUGAUAUAGAAAGCGUUAAAAAUUUAAUUUCAAAAGAUAAAACUUGUGCUGUUAUAAUAGAACCAAUACAAGGUGAAGGAGGUGUAAAUACAAUUGAUGAAUCCUUUUUGAUAGAAUUAAGAAAAUUAUGUGAUGAAAAUAAUGUAUUAUUGAUAUAUGACGAAAUCCAAUGUGGGUUAGGUAGAUCUGGAAAAUUAUGGGCUCAUUCUCAUUUACCAAAAGAAGCUCAUCCAGAUAUUGUAACAAUGGCUAAAGCAUUAGGUAAUGGAUUUCCUAUUGGAGCUACAAUGAUUACUGAAAAAGUUGAAAACGUUUUAUCUGUUGGGGAUCAUGGAACUACUUAUGGUGGUAAUCCUUUAGGUGCAAGAAUUGGAUCAUAUGUAGUUGAUGAAAUUGCAAAUGAAGAAUUUUUAAAUAAAGUAAAUGAAAAAUCAGACAGAUUUCUUAAAAAAUUAAAUAAAAUAGCUGAAACACAUCCUGAAAAAAUUUUGAAAGUCAAAGGUAAAGGUUUAUUAUUAGGUUUACAAUUUAAAGAAAAUGUUGAAAUAAAUAAAAUAGUUGUUUGUUGUAGAGAAAAUGGUCUUUUGGUAAUAACUGCAGGUAUGAAUACUAUUAGAUUAGUCCCAGCAUUAAACAUACCAAAUGAAGUUAUUGAUGAAGGUUUAAAUAUUUUAGAACAUUGUAUAAAUAAAAAUUUAUAG